AUGGGGAAGCAUCCAUAUUUUGAUCCAUGCAAUAAUAAAAGCUCUGUCCACCACUGGCAAAGCAAUGGCUUUGAUAUUCUACAUAAACAGGAUAUAGAGACCACGAAGAAGUGCAAACUGUCAGACUGGAUGAAAGCCCAAAUGAAUAAUUCAUUUUCAGAUGCAUUAGGCUGUAGCACAGAUGCAACUGAAGAGGAAGAUUAUGUUGUUUAUGAUGGGGAUGUAGGAAUAAGCUGUAAAUACAACAAUAAUUCAGAUAAUUUGUAUGCCUGUAGUUGUACAAAAGCUAUUUCUGGUGUUUUAAAAUUUGCCUGUUUUGAAGACAAAAAAAACAUAAAAGUAGCAGCCAAUUAUGAAACUCCUCUACACCCUGAAGAAGUCUCCAGUCAUCACAGAGGCACCAGAGGAACAACUGGAGUUCCAGUUGAAAUGCCUGGAAGUGAAGCUCCCUUCAAGAAGGAAUUAGCUGUUGGUAGCUCCAGUAAACCAGGUAACAAAGAACACAUAACUACCUCCAGGAUGUCCAAUGUCCUCCUGCGUCAUUUUUCUAGGGGAGAAUUACUAAGCACAUGCCACUUGAUUGAAUGUGAGACAAUGCCAGAGGUGUCCUGUACUGAAAGUAUCGAUGACACCGGGAGCAAACCUGAGCCUUCAGAACACAGCAAAGACCUUUUAGGGCAUGAACAAGGGGCCACGAGUUCUGAGGAGCAUCCCUUACAGAAGCAUAAGGAAAUAAAGACUUAUGACAAAAAUGGAAACGCAUUAAAUGAAAACAGACCUGUUUCAAAGAAACCUAUUUUUUCUUCUUGUCAAUGUGGGCACAGACAAGAAUAUUCACAAUUGAUCAAUGAGACUGGAGAUGCACACACCUUUCAAAACAUGAAAGAUGAGAGAGUCCUGUUCAAGAGAACAGUUUCACCUUGUGAGCUAAAAUAUGGCCAAGAGCAAGCUCACUAUUGCCUUCCUGACUUCUCUGAAGUUGCUUCAGAAAUUAAAGUACCAAAAAAACUUGACAAUAUUACAGUUCCUUCAACUGAGAGAGCAAAACCCUUUCCCAUUUUGCUAAGUAAAUCAGCAACGGUGAACAACAGUUUGGAAAAUAAGAAUUACUUCAAUUCUGCUGAAGUAGAGACUCAAGAAGAAAGUAGUAUUUCAGAACUGCUGCAACAGCUACAGAUGCUGACACAGCAUGCUGACAUCCAGAAUCAUAUUGACCAUCUGAGAUUUAAUCCUAAGAUACUUCCUCAGCCAGACUUUGCAAAUACCAGCAUUGCCAUUUCCUCAGGACUCACUGGGACACCACCUGAUGUCUUCACAUACCAUGCUCCUGUCCCUGUACAACCUACACAUGGUUUGCUUAAAGCAAGACUGCAGCCUGGAACAACAGCAUCAGCACUACCAGCAGCUAGGACAGUAGAAGCACAGUGUCUAAAUCCUGAUUCACUGCCACAGCUAACAGUAGGAGAAAAGAUGUCUCAAAUACUAAAGGAUCAGACAGAGCAACUGACUAAGAAAGUGGAAGACUUCUCUAAGCAUAUGAUCCAGGAAACAAUCUUUUUACAAGACAAAUAUCUGGCAUUAAAUCAACUGAAAAGAUACCUUGAUGCCUUGGAAAGAAAUUAUUUAAAAGCUAGAGAAGAGCACCACAACUUACACCUGCAGAACUACAAGGACAAGCCUAUCAACCUUGGAGAGUUUGAUCCUGAGAGAAGGGUGGAAGGAGGAAUAUUCAGACUUGGCAUGCUGCUUGAAGACAUUCAAGAACAAAUUGAUGGCAGCAAAGGCAGCCUGUCAUCGUUACUGACUUCCUAUGAAUCUGGCCAGUCUUUCUAUGAGAGCUCAGCAGUUUCAAGCACUGCUGAUCUUCCACAAAGAAGAGGUACUGAAACUCCAAUUCUUCACAAGAAUCAUGAAGGAGAAAGAAGUCAGACAAUUAAUGCAAUCCCACCAACAAAUCAACUUUCUUUAGAAGGCAAAAAGUGCAAUCUUUGUCUUCACAUAAAUACAAACAUCCAGGAAGAAAAAAUGGGAACAUCUCCAGUCUUCCUACAGAGAAAACCAACUGAUUUAUCAGAUACCAACCUGAGCAGUGAUUCAGAAGACUCCUCAGCCUGUUAUAAUGAUUCACAAAGCAAGGACCUUGUCAGCUGUGACACCCUAAGUUACAAAUCAUUAAAUAUGAGAUUAUGUGGAGAGAGAAAAGCACUUAGAUGCAGAUGCCCCAGGGGAAGCAGAGAUCAAGUAAAACUCAGGAAUUACAAAGAGUCUGUUCAGUCUUGUCCCCUAUGCAGAAAAAACAGCUCUGGUUCAUCCUCUUAUUCACACAAGAGAAUCUCCACUCAAAAGGCUCAAAAAACUGAACAGCCAGGUGAAGUUAUAACCAGACUUCAUGAAAGGAAAUCCUUUGAGGCUGCCAAAACCUGCUGUUCAAGCAAAUAUGAUAAAAUAAUCCUUUCACAUCAAUGCAUACCGAGCAAAAAAUUUACCCAAAGAAAAUCUGCAAUCAACAUCAGAGACAGAAAUGCCAAUGAUUCCUAUGCAAAUAUUUUAAAUUCUACUCUGGAUCAUGCCAUAGAGACAGCAAACAGUUUGAAGAAAGCUACAGAGCGAAUGGUACAAGCAGUUUCAGAAGACCUAGCUAAAGUUAAAAGAAAAGACUUUUAAUUACUUAGUUUUCAAAUGCUGUAUUGUUCUGCUGAUUCAUGCUGAAGUGUUAGUAUCCCUGCAAAAAUAAAAUUAUAAAAACAAACAUGAAAAAGUCAGCUAGCUAACUUCAUCAGCUGGUCUGCACCUACUGGUAUGAAACCAUACUAGAGCAUACAUAGAUAUUCCACAUUUACACUCAGUCUUAGAACUGUAAAACAAAUUAUUAAGUCUACUCAAAAUCUUUAGCAGGUUUGCUAAUCCCCAUUACUCUGUACAGAUACCUUCCCUAAGUAUUCACUUACGACAGCUUAAUAAGAAUUGGCUCAAACAAGCAAAAUUAACUUUCUGACUUGGAUUUCCCCCACUCCUAAGUGUGAAAAAAAAAACAACUCAGUCAUUACUACGUAUCAUUUCUUCCCACACUGUAACAGCAGCUGCUUAAUCACACCAAGAGAAAACAGCCUCUGUAUCUGAGACAUCUAGGAGCAAACAUCAUGUUAACAUACAAAGCCAUAGUCAACAUUUGGAAUUAUUUUAGAGUGCCCUACAUUGAGAGUUGUUUAAGAAACAUCUUCAUAUGUUGCAAUGACUGAAUUACACCAUUUAUUGUCUAUGUACAUGUAACAAUUAAAUUGGUUCCUUCAAUGUGAUGUCCUUAAUUUGUCAGAUAUAUCUGGCUUUGACAUUUUAGCUGAUAGUAAGUUGGAAAAUUUUAAAAUACUAUAGAAAUUUAGUGAGCCAAGAAAAGUCAUCUAUUAUUUUCCUACUAACAUCCAUUUACCUGCGGUGAUUAACGGCAAGCUGUUAACAGCCUUGUUUUAUCAGAGAUGCUACUCAUUGAAGCCAAAGUACAUAAGGACUGAUGAAAACCAAAUUAGAAAUGCCAGUGGAUUCCUUAAAAAGGACAGUCAUUUCCAGGCAAACCUGAGCGAUUUCACCAUUGGUGGAUACAGAAAUAAUUCAGACUCUCUUCAUACAAGCAGUGAUUGCUAAACUCACUGCCAUGUGCCACUUACUCACUAGCUUGAGUCAAUGGCUUUUUUCUUCCACCCUUCACAAUCAACAAUACCAUUAACUCUUCCUCCUUAACCUCUUACUGUAUAUCGUACAACUUCAUUUACCUCCACUUAUUAUCCCAGAUUUUGCUUUAUUUAGUUUAAUGUUUGGAAUGUCCCCAUUAUUUGCAAAUUAACUCAAUAAAUGAAGGAAUUGCUGCAGCUUCCUAUAUACAAUAAAAAUAAAAAAAAUAUUCACCUCUUUCACAGAAAUCUCUUCACAUCACAAGAACAGCUUGUUCUAAACCUUUUGUUUAUCCUGGAUCCCUGCACCUGCUGUCCUGUGCCUGACAGCAGCUGCCUAAGAGAGAUCAGACUGAACAGGUCAGUCACAUAGUGACAUUUCCUCAGAACAUUCUCUGGCAAAUGGAAAGCCCAGAAUCCUUCCAAAUCAGCAGUAACAUUUAUACUUAUUAGCUCUAUAAAUAAUUUUGUUGAGGAUUUUUUCCCCCAUAUAACAAUUUAGAGCAUGUCAUUACUGCCUGACAUCUCUGAUUCUAAAGGUCCUUUUGUUCUGAUUUUACAGUUGCAGGUUUCAUGUAUUACUUCACACACUGAAUAGGAAGAUAACCCUUCAGUCUGAACACUGUCAGGAUUUUUGAGGCUUCCAUCACACACUCCACAAUCAUCUUUUUUCCUCUUGAUCAAGGAUCCUAGUCUAGCCAUUCUUGACAUGAAGACUAUUCCAUACCUUUAAUUUUCCUUAGUAAUUUCUGAAUCUUGUCUAGAUUUCCAGAUUCAAUUUAAAAUCAAUUGCUGGGCCUACAUGUAGCAUUAGGUAAGUAUUUUAAUAUGCAUAACAUGAAAAUAGGAACUUUCAAAAUUAUAAUAUACCUUGUACAUGUACUCUGAAAUACUAGGUUUUUGUUUAUCCUGACAGAAUUCUUUCACAUUCUUGAUAAUAUGAUUAUUGAUCUAGAAAAACGUAGCAGAGAAGAUCCUCAGGGAAAACAACCCAAAUAUCUUUAAUAUUAAACUUCCACUUCAUAAACUGUUUUGAGUUAUGUAUUGGUGCCAGAUUUCCUAUCAUAAAGCAUCCUUAUUAUUCCACCUUUACAGUAACAUUUGUUUUUGCUUUGCCUGAUGGAAAAAGUGGAUAAGGGACGAAAAAAAAAAAAAAAUACUAAGACA